CAAAUUAAUUUGUCAUUAUAAAUUUUAUUCCUGCUGAGAUACCAUCGAAGCAAGAUCACCAUACCUAAUGAACGUGCUCAUUUGCAUGCACAAUUGUUAUAAUAAUAUUUUUUUUUUAAAUAAUACAUAUAUAUAUCUCUAUAUUCUGGGUUGAGUCCAAGACGCAUUUACUGAACUCACUCCACAACUGUACGCAUUUAAAAUCAUCACCGGCCAUCUCAAUUCUCAAUCCCCGUUUUCUUCAUCUUCUUCGCCACCCUUGAAAGCCUAAUCCACCCAUGGGUAACGACGCCGUUCUGCGGAUCUGCCUCGUCUGGUUGGCUGCAGUAAUGGUGUUGACGGGGAUGUACACGCAAUCUCUAAAGAAAACAGCGGCCACCUACUUGUUUGGCGUGCUUGCUAUCGGCGGCGUCGUUUUGCCCGAUUGGAAGUUCUUCGACCGCCCUCUCUCUCAGUGGUGCACCCUCGUCUCCGGGGCCAACGACGACGACGGACCCACUCAAUCUGCACCGCCUGCAAGGAUGAAGUUGUACCCGGUGAGAAUAGUGAUUUAUACAGCAGUUUAUGGUUUUGGUUUCCGCGAGUGGCUCAACUACAUAAGAAGCAGUUGAUCAUCAUAGUGAACUUGCUAGGCUAAUUAAUAAUGGCUGACGGAGAAAAAUUUGCACCCUCGAGAUCCUUCUUCGGAACCUACUCCGAUCCUUUCACUGCCGGAAAGGCUCACCUAUCGCCGGAGCUAUGACCGACGGAGACGAAGCAAAACAGCUGGGAAAUAGUAAAAAGAGAGAAAAUUCGAGGAAAAAAGUAUAAAACUGUAUUAUUGAUUGUGUAUCAACACAUAACCGUAGUAGGGUUUAAUACAUUUGUUUAUGUACGGGAUUGCCUAAUUUAAAGUCUUUUUUUGGCGAAAUUUUCACAGAUUAUUCAAUCAUGAAUUAUAAUUUACACGUUUUCCUUAUUUAUUUAUGAAAGUUAUCUACUGAUCGCGUCCUCCAACGGUCGUAAGACGAGCUUGCCGC